AUGCCUCCAAAAGCAAAAUACUGUGCGGGCUGUUCGAAAAAAAUCACAAACCGCGAAUUUUUGUCUUGCUGCUUAUGUAACGAUACCUAUGAUAUUGAAUGCAUAAAUUACUCGUACAAGUUAUUUUGCCUUAUGGAUAAGGAAAAGAAAGACAAUUGGAAAGGCCCAACAUGCAAAAGUAAACAAAGGAAUUUCGACAAUACUAACACACCUGUACAAGGCUGUCGCAUGGAUUCGCUUUCAUCUGCGUCUGAUCAGAUAACCGAAGACUCUGAAGAAUGUAAUUUAACUCAACGCAAACCGCUAAUCCCAGAGAAACAACCAUUAUCUCCUGGUUCUUCUUCUAUCAUGGACGAUAAGGUUUUAGUCAAUAUUAUACGUCGAGAAAUACAGCAGUCUGUGACGGAGGCUGUUGAAUCAGCCGUCAAGAUGUAUUUUUCUAAGGAGUUCGAUGAAAUUAAAAGCGAAUUGGCUACCUUACGAGAAAUCGGUAAAAGUGUGGAAUUUCUUAGCUCUCAGUAUGACCGGAUGAAUUGUGACAUAAAAGAUUUGCAGGAUCGAGUUACCGUGGUUACUUAA